AUGUCGACGCUGGCCCCCCUGCGUCUGCUGCGCGAGCCCUGGAAUGCCAGUGAGGGCAACCAGAGCAACACCACAGUCGGAGCCAGCAGCGGCUGGUGCCAGGGGCUGGACAUUCCCAAUGAGCUGUUCCUGGCACUUGGGCUGGUGAGCCUGGUGGAGAACCUGCUGGUAGUGGCCGCCAUCCUGAAGAACAGAAACCUGCACUCACCCACCUACUACUUCAUCUGCUGCCUGGCGGUGUCCGACAUGCUGGUGAGCAUCAGCAACCUGGCGGAGAUGCUCUUCAUGCUGCUGCUGGAGCACGGGGUGCUGGUGAUGCGCCCCAGCAUUGUCCGCCACAUGGACAACGUCAUCGACAUGCUCAUCUGCAGCUCUGUUGUGUCCUCCCUCUCCUUCCUGGGGGUCAUCGCUGUCGACCGCUACAUCACCAUCUUCUACGCCCUGCGCUACCACAGCAUCAUGACGCUGCAGAGGGCCGUGGUGACCAUGGCCAGCAUCUGGCUGGCCAGCACCAUCUCCAGCACCGUCCUCAUCACCUACUACCACAGCAACACCAUCCUCCUCUGCCUCAUCAGCUUCUUCCUCUUCAUGCUGAUCCUCAUGCUGGUACUCUACAUACACAUGUUUGCCCUGGCCCGCCACCACCUCCACAGCAUCUCCAGCCAGCAGAAGCCUCCCACUGCCCACCACAGUGGCAGCCUGAAGGGCGCUGUCACCCUCACCAUCCUCCUGGGGGUCUUCUUUGUCUGCUGGGGGCCCUUCUUCUUCCACCUCAUCCUUAUUGUCAUCUGCCCCACCAACCCCUUCUGCACCUGCUUCUUCAGUUACUUCAACCUCUUUCUCAUCCUCAUCAUCUGUAACUCGGUGAUUGAUCCCCUCAUCUAUGCCUUCCGGAGCCAAGAGCUCCGACGGACGCUGCGGGAGGUGGUGACGUGCUCCUGUGGGGACCGGCUGGGACCGGGAGGAACCGGCAGGGCGGCGAGAGGCUGGUUUCCACGCGGGGGGCGGCCAGGGCCGCCCCCGGACAAAGGGCCCAUCCCUGUCGUCUUUGUUCUCGGGCCGCGCCCGCCGCCGCCCACCCCGGCACCGGGGGUGCCCCCUGGCCGUGCCCCCCGCGGCUGCCGGGGCUCUCCGCUCCGCCGCGGCGUGGCGUGGCCGUGGGCGUGGCCGUGGGCGUGGCCGGGCGUGGCGGCCCGGGCGGUGCCGGUGCCGCAGGGCUGUUGCAGCGCUGCGGCGGCGGCCGCUGAUUGGCUGCGGGCGGCGGUGACGUCAGCGGCCGUCCCGGUGCGGCGGCGGGCGCCUAUAAAGUCGGUGGCGGCGGCGGGUCCGCCCCCCGCGCUCCCGGUGCCGCUCUGCUCCGGUGCCGCUCCGCUCCCGGCCCCUGCCCGCUCCCAUCCCGCUGCGCUCCGGCCCGGCCGCACCAUGAGGGAGAUCGUCCACAUCCAGGCGGGGCAAUGCGGCAACCAGAUCGGCGCCAAGUUCUGGGAGGUGAUCAGCGAUGAACACGGCAUCGACCCCAGUGGCAACUACGUGGGGGACUCAGACCUGCAGCUCGAGCGCAUCAGCGUCUACUACAAUGAGGCCUCUUCUCACAAGUAUGUGCCUCGUGCUAUCCUGGUGGACCUGGAGCCAGGGACGAUGGACAGUGUGCGCUCAGGCGCCUUCGGCCACCUCUUCCGCCCCGACAACUUCAUCUUUGGGCAGAGCGGUGCCGGGAACAACUGGGCAAAGGGGCACUACACGGAGGGGGCCGAGCUGGUGGACUCCGUGCUGGAUGUGGUGCGGAAGGAGUGCGAGAACUGCGACUGCCUGCAGGGCUUCCAGUUGACCCACUCGCUGGGUGGGGGCACAGGCUCGGGCAUGGGCACCCUGCUCAUCAGCAAGGUGCGGGAGGAGUACCCCGACCGCAUCAUGAACACCUUCAGUGUGGUGCCGUCCCCAAAGGUGUCGGACACGGUGGUGGAGCCCUACAAUGCCACGCUCUCCAUCCACCAGCUGGUGGAGAACACGGAUGAGACCUACUGCAUUGACAACGAGGCGCUCUACGACAUCUGCUUCCGCACCCUCAAACUGGCCACCCCCACCUACGGUGACCUAAACCACCUCGUUUCAGCUACCAUGAGCGGUGUCACCACCUCCCUGCGCUUCCCUGGCCAGCUCAAUGCUGACCUCCGCAAGCUGGCUGUCAACAUGGUGCCCUUCCCGCGUCUCCACUUCUUCAUGCCGGGCUUUGCCCCGCUGACAGCGCGUGGCAGCCAGCAGUACCGCGCCCUCACCGUGCCCGAGCUCACCCAGCAGAUGUUCGAUGCCAAGAACAUGAUGGCUGCCUGCGACCCCCGCCAUGGCCGCUACCUCACUGUGGCCACUGUCUUCCGUGGCCGCAUGUCCAUGAAGGAGGUGGACGAGCAGAUGUUGGCCAUCCAGAGCAAGAACAGCUCCUACUUUGUAGAGUGGAUCCCCAACAAUGUCAAGGUGGCUGUGUGUGACAUCCCGCCGCGGGGGCUGAAGAUGUCCUCCACCUUCAUCGGGAACAGCACAGCCAUCCAGGAGCUCUUCAAGCGCAUCUCAGAGCAGUUCACAGCCAUGUUCCGCCGCAAAGCCUUCCUACACUGGUACACAGGUGAGGGCAUGGACGAGAUGGAGUUCACCGAGGCCGAGAGCAACAUGAAUGACCUGGUGUCUGAGUACCAGCAGUACCAGGAUGCCACAGCUGAGGAGGAGGGUGAGAUGUACGAGGACGACGAGGAGGAGUCGGAGGCACAGGGCGCCAAGUGAUGCCUGACGCCACCCCCCAACGCUGCCCAUGGCCCCCCUGGCUUUGCGCUGCUGCACCCCCCGGGUGGUACCCCCCCUGCCGUCCCCUCAGUGUGUCCUGCCCCCCUGCCCCCCUGAGCCAGCUCGGCUCCCCACCCCUCUGUCCUGCCUCCCCCCUUUUCGUUUUUUACUGGUUCGUGUCUAUUGUUUUUUUUGAAUACUUAAUAAAUUUAUUGCUGUCCAGGUA